UGGUUACGGGACAUGGAAUGCGGCAAGACUGGCUCCGGUGAGGCGAGCAGUGCAGUUGAAGCGGAGUUCUCUCCGCCCGGUUCUACUUUGGGACUCAGCAGUCUGCUGUGCACAGGAAAGGUAUGUGAUGCUGGCAAUUUCCCACCUACACCGCGAGCCAUCCGGGCUUUGUUAGAGCCUGAAAUGGGCUCUUUGUGA